AUGAGAUUCUCUCAGCUUCUAGCGGCAUCACUGCCUUUGGCAGUCUCGGCGGGACCGAUUACCAAGGCUGUUACGGCCCGCCAGGAUGUGGACUGUUCUUCGUCGUCUUCCACUGGACUGAAAGCGGAGUGCUGGGCUGCUCUUGACAUGAACAAAUACAUCACUGACUGGGUUGCCGCAAACGGAACUGACGCCAACUGUGAGGCACUGGGCUUUGCUCAGUGCUUCUUGCAGUUCAAUGGUUUCACCGGACUUACCUGCAACUUGAUCACGAGCGACACUUGCACACCGUUCCAAACCAACAGCCCUGAGAAGUACGACUCUCAGCAGCAGUUCUACGCUCUCUGGAAUAUCUACACUAUCUACCAAUUUUUCAACCAGUAUUCUCAAGCCCUCAGCAACGGUGCUUCGCUUGCAGGCCAAACCAUCGAUGCCAUCGUGGCUAAGGUCGCUCCUCCUGUCGAAGCCCCAGCUUCGACGAGCACUCUUAUGAAAGUUCUUGGUUCCACACUCAACGUCGUUUCGAUUUUCACAGGUGUGGUCCCUGGAGCAUCAGGUGUGGCUGUAGGCUUCAUCCGUUCAGGACUCGGUGCCGCCUUCGACCUAUCAGGAAAGCUGGGCGAAACCCUUGGAGUGACUCAGACUGCAGAUGAUCGAUUUACUCAGCUGGGAGAUAUCGGCUCUUCGCUCGCGGGACUAGUCGAAGACUAUCAGAGUAACCUCUUGAAGACGGUGCAAGAAAUCCAGGGAAACCACACCUUGUUCUUGGCGGCUGCUGGCGACGGCGGAUUCUCCCAGCGAGUGACCACAUCUCUCACCAUCCAAUCCAGCCAGCUAUACAAGCAGCUGCAGUUGUUUGUGCUUUCAACUGCGCUCAAGGCCAACGGAAUCAUCUCGUCUAGAAGCACUGGAGUAAAGGUCCUCGAGUUUGCCAAGGAGACUGGCGAUAUCUCUUGCGAAGCAUUCAGCGAAGGUGGAAACUGCAAUCAGUGGUGGUUCGACGAGGCAGCAGGCAGCACAUACGCUCUGCACAACCCCAAGGACUGGGAGAACACACACAUUGACCUUACUUUCGCUAUUGUCGAUAACGGAUGGGCUACGUUAGAUCAGAUCUUCAAGAUUGAGGAUUGUGCUGGCAAGGAGCCCACAUUCGACACGGCCACGCUGGGAAUUACUUGCAUGGCAAACCACAACUGGUGUGAAUGGAACUACUCCGAUACCCCCAGGGCUGAUCCCCAGUUUACGAACUGCGACAACGAUGGCGAGUGGGGCACCCUCUGCGGAAGUUUCCAGAACGGUAUCAAGGUGCCUGAGUCGUACCUUGGCCCAAUGCUCAAGAUUAGCGGUGGUACAUGCAAGAAACUCUAAAUUCAGACGAUAAAGAUCACUCUGAAUUUCGCUUGACGCCCAGCCAGUAUUUGCCAAGAACCUCACGCCUGUUCAAACUAGUUCAAUACCGCCAUGGCUAAUUGGGACUUCAUGACGUUGGCCAGUCCGGUCUCGUGCACUCGCAAGGAUUCGUGGGCGGAAAGCAGAUUUAUGUCAUUUACUUAUCGUGGUUUUUCCAACUCGGCAUCAUACCCAGCAAAGGGCCUUUCCUUUCUUUUA